CGUAGCGGAGGGAGGCGGUGGCGGGGCGUCCCUACCACUUUGAAAAGAAGUGCAGCUUAAAGAAGGAACAAGCGUGGGCCCCACUGCUGGGUCACCCACCCCGCACCUCCCUUCUUUCUCUUUCACUUUCACAGUCACUCACUGCUAAAGUUGCGUUGCGUUGCGUUGCCCAUUCCAAUUUUCCGUCCAAACUCAAAGCAAAAGCCAUAACCAUAACCAUAACCAUAACCUUCCCCCAAAAGCCUCUUACUAGUUACUCCCCCAGGCCCCAGCUCCAGAGAAGCUCAGCUCAGACGGCGGCUGCUCCACCAUAUUCUCACUUCUCACUCAAUCGAUUCUACUCUCUAUGUUUUACCACUCGUUUUAUUAGGUCCACACUCCACAGCCCACAGCUCCCGCCAACAUACACAUCGUUUCUUCGGAUGCCUCUUCACUGCUCAAACCUCACUCGGUCACACUUCUCUCUGCUCUCCCUUCCGCACUACCCAACACACCGCCAACUUGCAGCAACUCUACAUACUAUCAGGUUGGUUUUUAAGAUCUUCCCAAUUGAAGAGAGGAUUAACUGAAUCAAAAUCAUGUCUGCAGAUUUUUUUUACUUGGAAGUUUCUCUAUGUGAUGACACAAGUCACUAGACAUGGAGAGGAUUCCAGAGUCAAAAGCACUUCCAUUAUUAUUGCCCAUAGAGUUGGUUCCAGAAUCGAAGGUACUUGCAGGUAAAUUUUGUGUUUUGGAUGAUGUACCAAUAGCACAUGUGGCGUCAGCCAAGCAAGCAGGCCAUUGGUCGGACAUGCACUCAGCUAAGGUAAGAGAAGCGGGAAGAUCCACUGGACAAGGAUUUCAAGAUCCAGAAGUUUCUGUACCUAUACGGACAUUAAAGGGAAAAUCCUCUUUUUUGGGGCAGGAAGAACCUAAGCGUGAUGUCACAUUAAAGGGUAGUAGCAAUUUAAUUGAGGAAGGUGGUCCAAGUUCCUUCUCUGGGGCUAGCCACCCCCCAGAGCCUGUGGAUAUGGAUCUGAUGAGAACUGUUUAUGUACCCCUGAGGCAAAAUAAAUCUGACGCUAGCUGCUUGAUCAAGAGUUUUUCCGUGAAGGGCCCUUUUCUUGAGGAUCUUUCAAUCAGGGUUCCAGCCAAGAAACCAUUCCAAGCUGCUCUCUCCCCUGCAGAAAGCUUAGUCGAUGAACCACAUGACUUGGGUGUUUUAUCUUCCCCCUUUUCAGUUCCUCGUGCAUCACAAAAUACAGAAACUUCUCUCCUUCCCCCAGAUUCCGAGGAAAAGGAAUGUGUUUGGGAUGCUUCUUUGCCCCCGAGUGGUAAUGUAAGUCCACUCAGUAGCAUUGACAGUAGUGGAGUUGUCACAGCUAUGAGCAUUGUCAAUAGUUGUGCUAGCACAUAUCGAAGUGAUGGAAUGGUUAGCAUUGAAAGAAACUGUGAGAGUACAAAAGGAAGCAUUAGAGGGGACUCUCUUGAGAGUGCAAAAACAAGUAUUAGUCGAGCUAGUGAUAGCAGUGGUCUUAGUGAUGAUAGUAGUUGGAGCAACAUCACAGGAAGUGCUAAUAAGCCCCACAAAGGAAACGAUCCUAGGUGGAAAGCCAUUCUUGCUAUUCGAGCAAGAGAUGGAAUAUUAGGCAUGAGUCAUUUUAGACUGCUGAAGAGACUUGGCUGUGGUGAUAUUGGUAGUGUUUAUCUCUCAGAGCUAAGUGGGACUCGCUGUUACUUUGCCAUGAAAGUAAUGGAUAAGGCAUCGCUUGCUAUCAGGAAGAAGCUGACGAGGGCUCAGACAGAAAGGGAGAUAUUGCAGUUACUUGACCAUCCAUUUCUCCCGACUUUGUACACCCACUUUGAGACUGACAGAUUUUCCUGUCUAGUAAUGGAAUAUUGUCCUGGGGGCGACCUGCACACUUUGAGGCAACGACAACCGGGGAAACACUUCUCUGAGUAUGCUGCAAGGUUUUAUGCAGCAGAGGUUCUACUGGCACUCGAAUAUCUUCACAUGCUUGGAGUUGUUUAUAGGGACUUGAAACCAGAGAAUGUACUGGUUCGUGAUGAUGGCCACAUAAUGCUCUCAGAUUUCGACCUUUCACUAAGAUGUGCAGUGUCACCCACCCUGAUAAAGACCUCAUACGAUUCUGACCCAUCAAAACGAGCUGCAUUUUGUGUCCAGCCUGCUUGUAUUGAGCCGUCAUCAGUAUGCAUCCAACCUGCAUGCUUUCUUCCUCGCCUCUUCCCUCAGAAAAGUAAAAAGAAAAGUCCCAAGCCUCGGAGUGAGUUGGGGUUGCAAUCCAGUACACUUCCUGAGCUUGUAGCGGAGCCUACUGCUGCCCGAUCCAUGUCUUUUGUUGGCACCCAUGAAUACCUAGCCCCUGAAAUAAUUAAAGGAGAAGGUCAUGGAAGUGCUGUUGAUUGGUGGACUUUUGGCAUUUUCUUGCAUGAACUAUUAUAUGGAAAAACCCCAUUCAAGGGAUCAGGAAACAGAGCCACACUAUUCAAUGUAGUAGGGCAGCAACUGAAGUUCCCAGAGUCUCCAGCAACUAGUUAUGCUAGCCGAGAUCUUAUACGGGGUUUACUAGUAAAGGAGCCACAGCAUCGGCUCGGAGUGAAGAGGGGUGCAACUGAGAUCAAGCAGCAUCCUUUCUUUGAAGGUGUCAAUUGGGCUUUGAUUCGAUGCAGCACGCCCCCAGAAGUGCCAAGACCAAUGGAGGCCGAGCUGCCUAAGUUUGGGGUAGUUGACACAACAGGGGUUGGCAGCAGCAGUAAGAGGAUGGUAGGGACGGAUGUUGUUAAAGCUGGUGGUCAAUAUCUUGAUUUCGAGUUCUUUUAAAUCUCGGAUAGCAGGAUAGUUUGCUGGAGUCGUAAAAGUAAUUGCUUGUUAAUGUUCAAAAGAGCUUCUCAGAUUUAUGUGUUCUUCCACUCCUGAAUCCUCCCCAUAGUGUCAUAGUUAGAUAUUCCACUCUUAGAAUUGGGACAUUUGAUAUAUUGAGUGUCUGAAGGAAUCCACGAAUUGGACGGUGUCUGAUAUUAACAAGUCAUUAAGAGCCUGAAGCUGGCAUUCUCAGCAGAUCUUCGAUUCGGAACACUGCAGUAAAUUGCAAUUCAUGAACAAUGUCUGCGUCAUUUUGAAUGAGAAUCGUGGGUCAAUAGCUAAUUACAAAUUCCACCCACAGAUAUCUGCUUUGUGGGUACAAGUCAUAAUUUAAUUUUUAGGAUGCUGAAAGAUAUAAUUAUCAUAUGGAAUGGAGGAAACUAGCGAACAUCCGAAAGUAGGCUUUGUGUAAAUGUGAAUCAAUUGUUGGGGGUAUUUGACUUGAUCAUUGAAUUCGAUGGAGUUGAUGAAGCGGCAAUAUUAUUAGUGUAUUUAUGGAAUAUUUUGACGACUAUUUUUAUAUUGCAAAUGGCUACAAUAUUAGUGGUAA